GUCCUCCCCCCCCCUCCCUCCUACUUCUCUCUCUUGCUUUCACACCUGCCUACGUACGCUAAAUCGGUACCGCCGCCCGCUACUUCCCGCUUCGAAUUACCAUUACCAGGUACGGAGUACCUAAUUGUACACACCCACGGCGACUGCUUCUCCUGCAGUCCCGCUGCUGCUGGUAUUCCCAUUUCCAAUCCCACUCCAAUUCCCACCACUGCGGUGCGUACCUCCCCUUCUGUCCCCAUCUCAAGCACAAGUUGAGGGGAAAGCAUCGCAUUGUGCCCGUACCGAUUUUUUUCCUCCUCACACACCCUCUAUUCAUACCCUCUUUUGCUUCCCUUUUUCCCUUUUUCUUCGACGGUUUAGACGUUUUAGGGUGUAUCAUGGAUAGCAGCCAGAGCGCGACUCUUUCCAACGGCACCUCCCAACGUCGCAAGCUUACCAAGAAGCCCCCCUCGUCCUACCAGCAGCACACACGCUCCUCGAGUGGUCUCGAUGGUGGCAUCGACGCCCUAUCGCUCCAGAGCAAACGGAGCUCUACCUCGCUGAGACGCGCCCCUUCCGCUCCACCUGCUCGGACGACCCCCUCAAACGCUGCCGCCGCUGCUUCGGCCGCUGCUAUUCUUCCUGGUGUUGCUUCUUCUGCCGCCGCUUCCAACAGUUCUUCUCCCCGCCACCUUCCCUCAACGCAGACGCACCUUCCCAAUCCCUCCCCCGUCCUGCCUCAGGGUCAGUUCGCCGGAUUCGCUCCUUCCCCAACUGCCUACUACCACCCCCAGACCCAGACCCAGACCCAGACCUCCACCUUCCACGCUCACACUCACGCUCACGGCUACGCCAACGCCAACGCCAACGCCAGUGCCGCCUUCUCUCCUCACCACCACCAGAACUUCAACCACCAAAACACUUUCUACCAAAACAAAAACAAUAACAGCAACAACGUCGACAGCUCCCCCGUUGCUAACGGUGUCGGUGUCGGUAUUGCCCACAGCAGUGAUCGGUCACUUGACCCCUCAGCGACGUCGCCUCUGUCGUCACAACCCAACGACGAAUUCAUCGGCGCUCCAUUUGACGGCGCUGCGGUCCUGAGCCGCAUCGAGCAGACCAAGUCGCCCGUCACUGCUCAACCCCAGCCCUACCAGAGUCUCUAUCAGCGACAGAACGCCCCGGCGCCGCUUCUCAAGUCAGCCACCGAUUCGCGCAUCAGAAGCCCUGCCCUUCGACAAUCCCAGAGCUUCACGAACGAUACCGCGAUGAUGAACGAAAAGUCACAGGGCGGCCGGAUGACGGAGAGCUCUAUGAUGAGCCCCAAGCGCUAUUCGGAUGAGGCAAAGGAGCCCCGGAUGGGCGUCCUGCGCAAGAAGUCGGGCUUCUCUGGGUUCAUGAACAGCCUGGUCGGCACGCCCAAGAAGCCCGUCAUCUCGGCGCCUGAGAACCCCGUCCAUGUCACUCACGUCGGCUACGACAGCUCGACCGGCCAAUUCACUGGUCUCCCGAAAGAAUGGCAAAGAUUAAUCAACGAAAGUGGAAUUCCCGAAAAGGAACGCAGGGAAAACCCUCAGACCAUGGUUGACAUCAUCACUUUCUACAAGGAGACGACCGAGAGGCCAGCCGAGGAUCAAGUAUUGGAGAAAUUCCACGAUGCCAGAGCGCCUGAUUACCGUCAGUACGCGAACGCGAACGCGAACUCGCCGUCGGGCGCUAUGUCGCCGGGCAUGUAUCCGCCAACAAGUUAUAUGGGUAUGUCACCAAUGAUCAGUCCACCUGCGAGCCCUAGGUUUCCAACUGUCAAUCAUGAAGGAUCUUUCGAAAACCCCCGUCAGCCGCCCCCCGUCCCGGGAGUCGUUGGAGUCAAAGGCUCCGGCGUCAAGGACAUCAACCUGAUGCCCAGCCGUCCGGCCCCGAAGCCUCCCGUCAGCCUCCCGAUGAGGUCCGCUGCCUCCCCCUACCCCGCCAAGGACUCCGGCAUUGGAAUGUCUCAGCCUGGUGAGGACCUGCCCCCGGUCGCAUACCAACCGCCCAAGGAGAACGUCCCCAUGCUUCCCGAGGAGCACCGAACCCGAUCCCGAUCCAACUCACGUGUCGGCGCCUCCCCAGCCUACGUGCCGCCGACUCCUAACCCGCAGAACCCGCAGGCGAACCUGUACCAGCAGCAGCUUUUGCAGCAGCAGCAAGAGCAGGCUUUGGCACAGGCGCAAGCGGCCAUGUCUGGCCAGAUCAGCCGCGCCCCGAGUAAGAGACAGCCCGCCCAGCAAUCGACCCCACCCCAAUCGCAGCCCCAGUACCCCCAGGGCACCACGGCCAACGGCGGUCCCGGCCAGCGGCAGCAGGUUGGCGUUCCCGGCGCUCCUGGCUCCAGGCCUCGGCACCGACCCCGCCAGAGCACUGGCAUCGAUGUCGUCGCGGCACUCAAGCGCAUCUGCUCCGACGGAGAUCCUCGCGAAGUCUACAAGAACUUCAAUAAGAUUGGACAAGGCGCGUCUGGCGGUGUUUACACUGGCUACGAGCGAGGAUCCAACCGUCUGGUCGCCAUCAAGCAAAUGAAUCUCGAGCAGCAACCCAAGAAGGAUUUGAUCAUCAACGAAAUCCUGGUCAUGAAGGACAGCUCCCACCCCAACAUUGUCAACUUCAUCGACAGCUACCUUUGCGGAGGCGAGCUCUGGGUGGUGAUGGAAUUCAUGGAGGGUGGGAGUCUGACUGAUGUUGUCACUUUCAACAUCAUGACCGAGGGACAGAUUGCAUCUGUCUGCCGGGAAACGCUUAAGGGCCUGCAGCACCUCCAUUCUAAGGGUGUCAUCCACCGCGAUAUCAAGUCGGACAACAUUCUCCUAUCGAUGGAGGGCAAUAUCAAGCUGACCGACUUCGGUUUCUGCGCAACUAUCAACGAGGCCCAAAAUAAGCGUACCACUAUGGUUGGCACACCUUAUUGGAUGGCCCCUGAAGUCGUCACUCGCAAGGAGUAUGGGCGCAAAGUGGAUAUUUGGUCUCUUGGCAUCAUGGCCAUUGAGAUGAUUGAGGGAGAGCCGCCCUACCUGACAGAAUCACCUCUUAGAGCGUUGUGGCUGAUCGCUACCAACGGCACCCCUCACAUCAAGGAGGAGUCCAACCUGUCGCCAGUCUUCCGUGACUUUCUCUACUUUGCACUUAAGGUAGACCCUGAGAAGAGAGCAAGUGCACAUGAUCUCUUGAGACAUGAAUUCAUGAAGGGUUGUGUUGAUCUCUCUCAGCUGUCGCCAUUGGUGCGUGCUGCCAGAGAAGCACGUCUUGCGGAAAAGGCUAGGAAGGGACAGUAGGAUACCUCCAGCCAGGCACCCAAGAACAUCUUUCGGCGGCUGAAACGAUAUUAAUCACGACCUUGACGACAACCUACUCCAUAAUGGGGCUGCCUUUUUACCUACGCAACGAGAUACCCCAGGAAGUACUGUUGGCCUUGGCAUAUUCAGCUUGAGAACGCUUUCCAUCUGCACUCUGCACAGCUUUGUUCACGCUCUAGCCCAAGACUCUUUGACUUGCGGCCUAUUACAGAACUUAGUAUGUGCGUGCCAUGGCUGGCAGACUUUCAGCCCCAAUCACUACUCUCUACUGCUUUCAAGAUACCAUGUCGGAGGAUACCCAAACCACUUCUAGUUACACCCCCGACUUUUUCUCUUUCUUGAUAACUUGCACAACCACACAUCAUACAGCAUGUUGGCGACCAAGCACCACCUUUUUUUCUUCUUUUCUGAAGGCUCUUCUCUUUACACAUUACAUAGAGGCGACCAUACUCUGGAUCCGCCCACUUGCUUUGUUAUCAGGCUCCGAUUGUAUAUGGGCGACCCUCUCUCAUUAGAUCGAAAAGUCCGUUUUGGACCAAUCAUUUUUGGAGGUUUAGUAGUAACUGUCACCUCGAAAGCCGGUCGCUGGGAAGGGGAGAUGUGACGACGAAUCGCACGAUCCGAAUUGGCCAGUGAUAAUUGGCGGCCAAGUCGGAUUUGCUGGGGCAGACAGGCAAACCCCUUUCAACCUGUCGUGGGAUUUUCUCUGCUUCGUAUGAAACAUUAAGAGAAAAGGGGGGUUGAUAUUCGAAUGGGACGUCGCUGGACAAUCGUGUGAGACCAGAAAUCUCUGGCUCUUUGGUCCACCAUGUCUCAUGCCCACACAGAGGGGGGCAUUCUUUACUGGUCAUGUGUGAGAAGGUGUGCCACCGAGGCGGUGGUCCAAUGGCUCUGGUCCGGCAAGACUUGACUAGGUAUCGGAAUGACCUUCAGGCCCAGCACGCCCAAGAAAGUAAAAAGCACUGUAGCCAGGUUUUUGCCUAUGAUGUGAUGCGAGUGAUGUGUGGUGCGUAUUGAUGUUUAAUGCGUGUUGGCAGCGGAGGUCCCAACUUUACUGUUCCUUACCCUUGCC